GGACAAACCCAUGAUGUCAGCAAGCCCUACAUAAAGGGCUGCAGAGCAGGCGCAGGUGGCAGAGCCUUCGCUGGAGCCACCUCAGGACCCCAGGCAUGAAGCUCAUCUUCUCUGCCCUGCUGUCCCUCCUGGCCCUUGGCCUGUGUCUGGCCGCCCCUAGGAAGAGCGUUCGAUGGUGCACCAUCUCACCAGCCGAGACAACAAAAUGCUUUGCAUUCCAGCGGAAUCUGAGAAGAGUGCGUGGGCCCUCCAUCUCCUGCGUAAGGAAAACCUCCUACACGGAGUGUAUCCAGGCCAUCGCGGCAAACAAGGCGGAUGCUGUGACCCUGGACGGCGGGCUGGUGUAUGAGGCCGGCCUGGAACCCUACAAGCUGCGGCCUGUAGCAGCCGAGGUCUACGGGACGGAAGAGAAGCCCCAGACCCACUAUUACGCUGUGGCCGUAGCGAAGAAGGGCAGCAACUUCCAGCUGAACCAGAUGGGAGGCGUGAAGUCCUGCCACACCGGCCUGAACAGGUCCGCCGGCUGGAACAUCCCCAUGGGUGUGCUUCGUCCGUUCCUGAACUGGGAAGGCCCCCCCACGCCCCUUCAGGAAGCCGCGGCCAACUUCUUCUCGGCCAGCUGUGUGCCCUGUGCGGACGGGACUCAGUACCCCAACCUGUGUCGCCUGUGCGCGGGGACAGGGCAGAACAAAUGUGCCUGCUCCUCCGAGGAGCCCUACUUUGGCUACUCCGGUGCCUUCAAGUGUCUGCAAGAUGGGGCUGGAGACGUGGCUUUUGUCAAGGACAGUACACUGUUCGAGAACCUGCCAGACAAGGCUGAGAGAGACCAGUAUGAGCUGCUCUGCCUAGACAAUACUCGGAAGUCAGUGGAUGACUUCAAGGAGUGCUCCCUGGCCCAGGUUCCUUCUCAUGCUGUUGUGGCCCGAAGUGGGGAUGGCAAGGAGGACUUGAUCUGGAGGCUUCUCAACAAGGCACAGGAGAAGUUUGGAAAAGGCAAAUCGUCGGCAUUCCAGCUCUUCAGCUCCCCGCGUGGGCAGAAGGACCUGCUGUUCAAAGAUAAUGCGCUCGGGUUUUUGAGGAUCCCCCCGAAGAUAGACGCUGGGCUGUACCUCGGUUCCAACUACGUCACUGCCCUCAAGGGCCUGAAGGAAACAUCCGAGGAGGUGGAGGCGCGGCGCGCACGGGUCGUGUGGUGUGCGGUGGGCCCCGAGGAGCAGCGCAAGUGCCAGCAGUGGAGCAGCCAGAGCAAUGGGACAGUGGCCUGUGCCACCGCCGCCACCACCGAGGACUGCAUCGCCCUGGUCCUGAAAGGAGAAGCUGACGCCAUGAGCUUGGACGGAGGAUUCAUCUACAUCGCGGGCAAAUGCGGUUUGGUGCCUGUGCUGGCAGAGAGCCAAAAAUCCGAAGAGAGCGGUAACUCUGACUGUGUGAAUAGACCAGUGGAAGGGUAUCGAGCCGUGGCGGUUGUCAAGAAAUCAAAUGCUGGCUUCACCUGGAAUUCUCUGAAAGGCAAGAAGUCCUGCCACACCGCCGUGGGCAGGACUGCAGGCUGGAACAUCCCCAUGGGUCUGCUCUUCAACCAGACAGGCUCCUGUAAAUUUGAUGAAUUCUUCAGUCAGAGCUGUGCUCCCGGGUCCGACCCGAACUCCAACCUCUGCGCACUGUGUAUUGGCAAUGAAGCGCGCCAGAGCAAGUGUGCCCCCAAUAGCAAUGAGAGAUACUACGGCUACACUGGGGCUUUCCGGUGCCUGGCGGAGAAUGCGGGAGACGUUGCGUUUGUGAAAGAUGCCACUGUCCUGGAGAACACGAAUGGAAAGGGCACUGAGGAUUGGGCUAAGGAUUUGAGGCUGGAGGACUUCGAGCUCUUGUGCCUCAACGGCACCCGGAAGCCUGUGACUGAGGCUAAGAGCUGCUACCUGGCCAAGGCCCCAAAUCAUGCUGUGGUAUCUCGGAGAGAUAAGGUGGAGCACCUGGAGCAGGUGCUGCUCGACCAGCAGGCUAAGUUUGGAAGAAAUGGACGUGACUGCCCAGGCACGUUUUGCUUGUUCCAGUCGGAAACCAAAAACCUUCUUUUCAAUGACAACACCGAGUGUCUGGCCAACCUCCAAGGCAAAACGACGUAUGAGAAAUAUUUGGGAGCAGAGUACGUCACGGCCGUUGGGAAUCUGAGGCAAUGCUCCACCUCCCCACUUCUGGAAGCCUGUGCCUUCCUGAGGAGGUAAAACCCAAGAAGAUGGCCCAGUCCCACAGGGAGCCUCGGCCCUCGCUGGCACCCGCCCCGCGCCCCCCCCCCCCCCUACAUCCCCAGGCCCCCGGGGCCUCUUCUCCCUUCCCCCGGGCAGUGUGCUAGUCACACCUGUUUGCACAAUUCCCUGCUGUCAUCCUCGCAAGAAAUAAAACCAGAAAUGCUGUUGAUUUUCA